AUGGAUAAAUGGCUGAAAAGUCCAGUUGCUGUGGAUCCAGGAGGGGGAAAGGAGCCCGCCGACAAACGCAAGAAAGAUGCCAAACCUAAACCAAGGCAGUAUAGUGAAAACUAUAUUUUAUAUGGAUUCACUUCUACGUCUGCGGACCCACAGCAGCCUCAGUGCUUCUUUUGCGGUGAAGUCCUGGCAAAUAACUCCAUGAACCCAGCCCAUUUACAGCGACACCAGAGCACCAAAUACUCGGAAAGUGUCGGUAAAACUGAGGAAUUUUACAAACGUAAGCUGUCGGAAUUUAAGUCAAGACAGACUGUAAUGAUGAAAGCCACGAGUGUGUCAAGCAAAGCACUGGAGGCAUCUUACGCCGUAUCUCUGCUCGUGGCGAAAUCAAAAAAGCCUCACUCAAUUGUUGAAGAGCUCAUUCUCCCUGCAGCAGCGGUUAUGGCUGAAAUUAUGAUUGACAAGAAAGCAGCCGACACACUCAAGAAAGUCCCCCUGUCGAACAACACCGUGUCCCGUCGGAUUGAUGAUAUGUCGGUUAAUAUUAUUGGACAAGUGGUGAAAAAAAUGAAACGAGCCGGUCAGUUCGCUUUGCAGCUGGAUGAAAUGACAGAUGUGAGUGGUGAUGCUCAGCUCCUGGCCUUCGUUCGUUACAAAGAUGUGUCGGACAUAAACGAGCAUAUUUUAUUUUGCAAAAAGCUGCCAGGAAAGACAACCGGGGAAGAAAUGUUCCAGAUUAUAGACAGCUUUUUCAAAGAACACGAUCUACAGUGGAAAACCUGCAGUCACAUCUGUACUGAUGGCGCAGCUGCAAUGACGGGAAGUGUGAAGGGACUUUUUGGACACGUAAAAAAGGUAAAUCCCGACAUUAAAUGGAUGCAUUGUAUCAUUCACCGCGAAGCACUGGCAAGUAAGCGAAUGAGCCCUGAAUUAAGUGCUGUUAUGGAUGAUGCUGUGAAGGUGAUAAAUUUCAUCCAAUCCCGGCCACUGAAUCACAGACUGUUUGAAACUCUUUGUCAUGAGAGCGGCACAGAGCACGAACAGCUAUUGCUUCACACGGACAUCCGCUGGCUGUCCCGUGGGAAAACACUACUCAGACUUUAUGAACUGCGCAGUGAAGUUUCGGUGUUUCUGACGCAGCAUCUGCAUCCUCUUGCUGUGGUGUUUGAGGACGCUGAGUGGGUGGCGCGCCUGGCGUAUCUCGCUGAUGUGUUUACCAAACUUAACGAGCUCAACCUGUCGCUUCAGGGAAAGGAGCCACACAUCCUGAAAAUGUAUGACAAAGUUAUAGGAUUCACAAAAAAGCUCAAACUAUGGGAGAAGAAAUGUGAUGAGGGAGAUGUCAGCUGUUUCCCACUACUUGAUUCCCAUCUUGCCACCACUGAUGUUGCCAGGGGUCCAGUGGUCAAACUGGUGCAAGCACAUCUGUCCAAACUCUGCACGGAUUUCAGCCAGUAUUUUCAGGACAUUGAAGAAAAGUCAGAAAGACUGGAUUGGGUGAGGAACCCAUUUAUUGUGAGUGAGAGCUGCAACAACCUUCCUGCAAGGCUGCAGGAGCAUCUGAUGGAUUUAUCAUCUGAUCAGGGACUGAAAAUGACAUAUGCUGAGAAGACAUUGACUGAGUUCUGGUGUGAUGUGGAGAAGGAGUAUCCUGAGCUGGGAAAACAUGCACUGAUUGAGCUUUUGCCUUUUGGUUCUACUUAUAUGUGUGAAGUGACCUUCUCAGCUUUGACACACAUUAAAACCAAGCAGAGGAGCAGACUGGAUGUGAAGAACAGCCUGGUAACAGCUGUUUCCACACUGCCCCCAGAACUAUCAAAGCUUAUGAAAGACAAGCAAGCUCAAGUGUCUCAUUAA